UAGACGUUUCGCUCAUUCCGCCAACUCGCGACAUUAGUGCAAAAUGAAACGAAAUUUGACUUAUACAAUACUUCUUUGUGGAGCUAUUAAAGUUUUGGUAGCAUCCAUAACGGGCGUCACAUACAUGGACCACUUUAAUUUUGAACAACGCUACAGAGAUGUUAACGAAUGCAACCCAUUCUACUGGCAUCCACUGCACUUGCCACAAGAAUGUGUACAAAUGUUUGAAAACUUAAUGCGGUCCAGAUUAAAUACAUUAUCGCCAUACAGGAUCGUCAAGGAGAGAUCAGUUCAGGCACCAGCAGUUAUGUAUCCGUAUAAUUAUAUUUAUAGUCCAAUUAUCACAACUGAAUAUAAACCUGACCUGCAAUACUUACCAGUUGAAAGAAAAACUCCGUCGCAAUAUGAAAUAUUGUAUGAACUAUUAAAACGAGAUGUACAAGAUCUCCCAAGUGUACCAUUUCUGGGAGUUUCACCACACUUAGGUGUUAUUGCUAUGUACAAACAACCAGUAUCGUAUAAAAGUGCUGCAAUGAUUAAAAAACUUGCCCGAGCAUAUGAUACUUCUAAUUUAUUUACCAAUAUGCAGACCGGAAUCAAAAAUACUGAUACGCAUCAAGAAAAUAAAAUUAAAACGAAUACGAAAAAUAGUAAUGGAAAUUUAGUUGUAGAUUCUGUUAAAAAAGGCAACGAUGCAAUAGCUUUACUAAAAAUAAAGAAAUUUAAUUAA